AUGGCAGAGACAGAGGCUGUAUAUAAGACAGAACAAGAUAUUGGUGCGCAACAUGGGCAGCCUGAAGAUGCCCAAACAAUGCAAGAACUCCCUGACUCCACCGCGGAUGAACCUCCAAAGAAGCGGCGAAGGGUAGUCAAACCAAAUCCUGACAAGAAGUUCGAGUGCAAACACGAGGGAUGCGGUAAAAGCUAUUCCCGUGCGGAGCAUCUUUACAGACAUCAGCUCAAUCCCCAGCAUCCCAUGGGUCAAAGCGGGAUCUUUCCCAUGGCGGCCCCAAGUAUGAAGAGUCCUCUCCUGGAAGCACCGAAACCCUCUACUGCGCAUGCCAAUUAUUCCAAUGACCUGCAAUUCAAGCAACCUGCCCAAGUGUCUGGACACACCAUCUCACCGUCUACAGUGUCGGCCAACCCACGAUACUCAAACCAGCCGCCACAGGAAGUGAUGAGUCAACAAGAGUCUUCCUUACAUCGAACGAGUAGCACAGGUAGCAUUACCUUGAGCCCUUCGAAACAAGAUCUCGCAUCUUGGCAAUCCUCAGCUCGAAGACAAAGCUUUGCGGGAGACAUGGGCAACAACCCAGGGCCUUUCAUCCAGACACAGCACAGAGAUCGUAAUUCCAUCGGUGGCAUACCUGACUCUCCUGCCCAACAAUACUCAAGCACCAACGUGACACCCAACGGCGCUGUUGCUAGAUCGUAUUCUGACUCGAAUAUAAACAGGACCAGUUCGAACGGCUACGUGCAAUCAAUGGACAUGGUCACUGCGGCAUAUACCAACGCUUCCUACCAGGCGUCUCUCCCGUCUAGAGCUUCCGACGCUGCCUUUGCCGCUGCAAUUUCCCAUGGCCUCACCACCAGUGACCCGUAUCCUUAUCCGCUAUUGAACAACAGCAUGUCCACCAUUGACAUGGCUGCUGGUUAUGGGUUCCCUGUUUUUGGUGGUGACGAAUACACCCAAAACCCUUUUGCAGUUGCAGACGAUUUUACUCAGUGGCUUUUCAACGAUGCAAACUCGGGCUCGAAUGGUUUCUCACCACCCAACUACGUUCCAGGUUUCAGUGGUCAUGAGCCUCAAUUGGUUACGCCUUUCUUUUCGCAAAGCCCAACUACCACAGCAAAUCACACUUUCACGACACCAGCCAUGCAGCAUCCUAUGAACAUCACCAAUAUUCUCGGUGCGACUGCGAGUAGUCAUUAUAUAAUGUCCGAAUCGAAACGGCAGGAGCUUAUCGAUCUCAUGAUGACUCAAUUUAUCGAGCGUCCACAUGAUGCUGUGAAAAAGAGAAAGGACUCGGUGUUUGAGGGAGACCUUGACUCCGAUGGACACAUUUUGAGUCUGAGGAUGAUGCAUACCUACAUAGGCUCAUACUGGUACCAUCAACAUGCUCAGCUACCUAUCUUGCACAAGCCUACCUUCUCGGCCGAUCGUACGCCAAAUCUAUUGUUACUCAUUGUCGUCGCCAUUGGGGCUGCAACACUGGACAAGGCCCAUGGAACAUCUCUUACAGAUCUUGCCGCUGAAUUUGCCAAUUUUGUAGCCUGGCAUAUACGAUGGGAAAUUGUCCGCGACGCUGAUUUCAGACCUCCAGCUAAGCUAUGGGUGUUUCAAACAUUACUCCUGAUUGAGGUUUAUGAGAAAAUGUACGCUACGAGAGCUCUACAUGAGCGGGCACAUAUACAUCACGAUUCAACCUUGACCCUCAUGCGAAGAGGAAGCUCUCUUCUAGGUCGAUCCGCUUCAGAUUCACCACCCAGUUUGCGAGGCGAGCAGGACAAUGGUAAGGCUCCGGUUCCCUUUUCAUCAACAGAGCCAUCCAAAUCAGAAGAGUCGUGGCACCGAUGGAUUACCACCGAGGCGACGCGUCGCGCGGCCUUUGGAGCCUUUGUCCUCGACUCAAUACAUGCGACAAUGUUUGGACAUGCGGCAAAAAUGGUUGCACAUGAAAUGCGCCUACCCUUACCGUGCGACGAGGGGCUGUGGUCCGCCGUCUCCCCUUCUGAGGCUGGCCGAGUACAAUCGUCCUUACAGACCAACGGGGUUAAGCCGACGUUGUUCCUCGAUGGACUAAAGAGGACUUUAAAUGGUCAGCGGGUGCGUACAAACUCUUUUGGUCGUACCAUCAUUAUGGCCGGUCUGCUCUCUGUAUCGUGGCACAUGACACAGCGAGAUCUGCAAAUCUCAUCACUCGGCCCACGCACAGCAACCUCUUUUGGAGGCCCCGACAAGUGGAAGGGUGUGCUACUUAGAGCAUUCGAUAAUUGGAAACGUGAUUUCGACGAGGCUCUUGCUGAAGCGACUCCAACUCCAUCUUCGCCGUUACGAGCGCCAAUUCCCCAAGUCCAAUCCUUCAUGCGGCCUGUCGAUGAUGAGAACAUCUUCGAAUCACGAACAGUAUUGCAUCAUCUCGCUCAUAUUGCAGCCCAUGUCGAUGUUGUUGACUGUCAAGUUUUCGCCGGAGCAAACCGGCUUCUUGGUCGGUCAAUUACCCCCAAGGACUAUAGUGUGAUUCGUGAAAAAAUUGAGCGAUGGGCGACCAAAGCUUCAGCACGCGAUGCGGCGUUUUAUGCUCUCAAGUUUAUUGCUCAAGUAUUGGUACCACCCGAUGGGGGCAUUGGCGUUGAUGGUAUCAACAGCCAUAUAUACGGCCAUGCCAGCCCGAUUCUACCACAAGCAUUUGAGCAUAACCAGUAUAUUGCUCGAGACGAUUUUCUGUUGAAUCGUCCUUGGGUCUUGUACAUUUCGGCUCUAGUUGUGUGGUGCUACGGUUUUGCUCUUGAAGGGCCUAUCCAACCGGCUCCGCAGGACUCUGAUUUCGAGACUUACUAUCAGAAAGAGCGAGAUAUGCGAGAUUACCUUGAACGAGUGGGUGGUGUGCGAGCUCCUGACGACCUCGAAAAUGUCAAAGGCAAGAAUCGAUGUCUCGGGCUGCUGAUGAUCCUGAAAGAGUCAUUCGAGAGCACCCGGUGGGAACUUACACAUGAGGCGGCCGGUCUCUUAGGCAAUGCAUGCCUAAAGCUCCGAGGUCUCGAAGGUGGUAAAAUUGUCGGUCCAGGAAGCAAUGGCCCUUCUGACGAUUUCCCAAAAAGACCUCUACAUGGCCACACAAAUGGCCAUUCUCGUCUCGGAGUUCAUCGAGACAACAGUCGAAGAUAG